GAGCCGGCACAAUCAUUGGACACACUUGUCGGUCAAGCACAUAGAAAGUUACAAAUUCAAAGCAAUCCAAAAAUGGUCGAUAUUAUCAAGAAAGGUGCGCUGCUGCUAAUGAACCAGAAAUGUUACGACAACUACUUCCUGGACUACAACUUCCUCGAUGUGCCGUGCUUCAAGGCGUUGCUGAGCAAGGGUCUUGGGAUCGGCAUCAUCGCCGGCUCGGUGCUGGUGAAAGUGCCACAGGUGCUGAAGAUCCUCAAUAGCAAAUCUGGCGAAGGCAUUAAUCUAUUGGGCGUCAUGCUCGAUCUGCUGGCCAUUACAUUCCAUAUGUCAUACAACUUUAUGAACGGAUAUCCAUUCAGUUCCUGGGGCGACAACACUUUUCUGGCCGUGCAAACGGUGGCCAUUGCAGCGCUUGUGUUGUUCUUCGGUGGACGAAAGCUGCAAUCGUUCUUAUUCCUGGUUGCCUAUGCUGCCCUACUGUAUGUCCUUAAUUCGGGCUUGACAACCAUGAAGGUGCUGCUCACCAUACAGAGCUGCAACAUACCCAUUCUACUUGUUGGCAAGCUCUCGCAGGCGCUGACCAACUACAGGGCCGGCUCUACGGGCCAAUUGUCAGCGGCCACGGUCAUAAUGAUGUUCGCCGGAUCUCUGGCACGCAUAUUUACAUCUAUACAAGAAACGGGCGAUCAGAUGAUUAUCAUCACAUUUUGCGCCUCCACGUUUGCCAAUGGCGUGAUACUCGCGCAGCUCUUGUAUUACUGGAACAAGCCGGUGCCUGGUGCUGCCAAAAAGGAGGCUGCAAAGGCCAAGAAACCCAAAAGCAAGAAGGACGACUGAGUUGUGAUUGAGUAGCGUUAAGGUUUAAUACUUUCUCGACAUAAUUGAACAAAUAUUUAAAAUAAAUAAAUGUAUUAGCAAAUUUAA